AGGAGAUCGGUUUUUUAACGGGUUUUGAAUUGGGGAAAUUGAACGAAGUGGCAACUCUCCCGCUAGAGACGUUCCACUCGUCAGUCAGGCACAGACAGACACUGCCCUAACACCAACCUCGGCCGUCGCCAAUAUUGAUUUCAUCUGUCGUUUAUAGACAUGUCUUCAGAUUCAGAAGAAGAAAAUGGAAUGAGACAUGAUGGAGAUGAAAGUGAUGAAAGGCAGUCGAGGUCCCCAUCAAGGUCUCGAUCUCGAUCUCCAAGUCGCACACAGUUCCAAUCUCGCUCCCGCUCCCGUUCAGAGUCCCCUGCGAGAAUGGAAGAGGAUCAUGAUGAUAUGUCAAAUGUGAGAGAGUCCAGUCUAAAUCGGGAAGACAUGUCAGAUUCUAAAGAAAAUGGAACUAGGAGAGAGAGUAUUGAUGAAAAUGAGGUUCGACGUCAGGCAAGCCGCUCAAAGAGCCCUGAAGACAACGAAGCCUGGAGAGGGGCAGCAGAGAAAAGGGCUUCCCGAAGUAGAAGCAAGAGCAAACCCAAGGAAAAAGAGCCUUCCAAAGAAAGUGAUAGAAAGUCAAGUGGAAAGAAGAAGUCGAGGGCAAAACGAUCACGGUCAAGGUCGCGCAGUAGGCGCCGCUCACAUUCCCGUUCUAGGCGUUCCCGUUCUCGCAACAGAAGGCGGUCGCGAUCGAGGUCUCGCUCACGUGGUUCUAGGUCAAGGAGGAGAUCCAGGUCCAGAUCAAGGCGCAGAACAAGGUCUAGAUCUAGGAGUGGUACCCCAGUUGAUGGUGCUCGACUUCAUGUGGCAGAAUUAGAUGUGGAUACCAGAAAGAGGGAUCUGGAACGGGUAUUUGAAAAGUAUGGCCGUUUGAGGGAAAUAUGGAUGGCACGCAACCCUCCUUGCUUUGCAUUUGUUGUCUAUGCUCAUCAGAGAGAUGCAGACAAGGCAUUAAAGGAGACAGAUGGCAUUAUGAUUGGUCAUUGUCGCAUUAAAGUGACGCAAGCACGUCCCAGGGUCCGUGGAGGCCGCAUGAGAGGUGGCUAUGACCCUAACUUGAGAUGUUAUCAGUGUGGGGAGCUGGGACAUUUUUCAAGAAACUGCACAGACACAAAGUUUGGAUAUAAACGACCUCCGACUCCACCAGGGAUGUGUUAUGGUUUGGUAUUGUGGUCAUGUGGUUGGGUUAUUGGUGCGGUGGGGAGAGGCGCCUCCAGAGUGCCUUGAGAAGCUUCAUGAUGGCACAACUGCGGUGGCACUUCCGCGCUUAACUCUGCACAGGUGUGAGAUAUGGUUGGUUCUGCAGCAAUGGGGUUAAGCUGGAGUCUUGUAGAUUGUUGUAACUGUUGUCCACGUAGGGUGUGAUGUGCCAUGGCAAAGCACUCAACAUACAGUGUGUGAGAUGGACUCCACGUUUAUGGUGUGUGGUGGUGAUGAUGAUGAUGAUGAUGGUGGUGAUGACAAAGCGCUCUCUCUCUGUCUCAACAUUAGAGUAAACAAUUCUAAAGGUGCAUCCAUGGUACAGUAAAACGUGUUGUCAGCUUAUCACAUACCCAUAACAAGAGGUUGAAGACACUGCUAUAAUCGUAAUUGGAGAUAGUCUUGCCAAUAAUAAUGGAUAAUUCUAUGAAGCACUAGUUAGUAUUACCACUGUUUGUAAUUGGCUCUAGUUUUUGAUGCAAGUGUUCAGGACAUGUGGCCAAAAGGCAGGAUUGAUCUUAUAGAGAUCCCAUCGAAUGGUUGGGAGGUAUCGGUAUAGGUCUCGGUCCCACUCUCGUUCCCGUUACAGUCGGUCACGAUCUCGUUCAUGAGGAAGAGAUCAGCAAGGUAUAUUUGAUUUCAUCUUAGAAUUAACGGGGCCUUGAGAACUGUGUAACAGCUCUUAAUAUGAGUGAGAAUCUUGUGUCCUGAUGUUAAACGGCAAGUCAAGCACUGCUUUUAAAUGAGCCAUUGAAAUCCAUAGGCAGGUUUAACAGAUGAUUUAUAUAUAUAAAGGUUUUUUUUCCCAUUACUGUAUUAAGUUUUUGGUUUUCAUGCCAAGCUACUUAGCACAAAUGGUUAUUGUAAGUAGUUACAUUUUUGUCCAUUUGUUUGUUUUUGGAAAAUUUCAUUUGUCCAAGUGUUAACAGGGUUGAGAGUUAGUUUUGUGUUGAUUUAGGUUCGGAUGUUAACAUAGGAAUUUUUUGUUUGCUGAAGUACAUCUUGCGGUGAAUACUAUAGUCUUGAUAGAAAUGGAAACGGACAUUGCUGCCACUUAUUGUCUAGGCAACCUUAGGGUUACCAGUUGCAUAGUUCAGAGUUGUGACAUUCUUCAACAUUUAGGUUUGGUGCCUGGGCAGUUUCAUCAGGUAAUCGUAAGGAUACUAAGUAUAUAGAUGGUUAUCUUAAAUUGACUAGCAUUUACAUUGCUGAGGUAAGUAUAAGAAAACCAUUGUACCUGGCAUGUUAUAAGGAAAUAUGCUUGCUACUUCAGGCCAACAUCAUUAAAAAUGAUGGAUGGUUGUCUUAUGAAUCUGGUGAAAGUUGGGUCCUUACGAAAUGAGUGGAUGCCAGUUUUGCUAGCAGGGGAAGUUUAUACAGUAACGGUACUUUUAAGGUUAAUACAGUAUGUGUAGCACUUUCAACUUGAUUGUGAUAGUUACUUUUAUACAUGAUUAAAUUUCUUUUAUACAGAAAAAUUAUUCCAAUGUUGGAUACUGUGUCUUUAUUACUAUACUAAAUUUUCUGACAUUUCAAGAUUUUUAGGUUCACUAGUUCAUUGAUGGUUAUAGAAGAUAGUAUCCCAUAUUAUAUUAGAAAUAUAAGAGUUGUAAGUAUAGUAAUGUUCAUAGAAUCCGAUUACCGAUUUACUUAUACUUUCUGAUCAGCGUAAAGUUGAUUAUUUCAUCACUUGAUGAGUUUUGUUAUUUACUAACCUAACUCUUCCAGUAAAGAGUUAGUCAAGUAACACAUUUUCAAUAAAUUGAAUGCAUGUUCAUAUGUGGUAAGACAGAAGUUCUGGCUUUUUUAAGUUGCUUAUGGUAGUUUUUAUCAUUUAAGUCGAGGAGGGUACGUACUUAUAUUUUUUGUGAUGUUCAUAAUGUAAUCUUUACUGCCUUUCAGAUACGUUCUGUUAAAUAUUGCUAAAUUGUUAGAUGUUUACUUGUUACGCUCUCAUCAAGAUAUGUAGCAUACUUCAGUUAUGUUAGUGUUGUUGAGUUAUUGGUUAAAUGUUGCAUGUGGCCAUUUAACAUCAGUUGAGUUUGUAGAUACACUUGUUUUGAAUAGAAUUUAUUUUUAGUCUUACAAUCCCCUUUGAGGGCAUGAUGUGUAAUAUUUCCAUGCAGUACUUUCAAUUAUGUGACUUUGGAAAAGUGUUGUGCUUUGGAACAUGGCUACAACCUUUAUACUUUUGAAGUGCUCUUUGGAAUAAGUUCCCCUUAUUGAAUUCCAGUCUUGGUAUUCCCAAAUGUUAAUACAACAGGUGGUAAGUGGUCAUCCAAAUUGUGUUGUGCAUUAUGGAAAAUUACAUAACAAAACAACCUUUUGCCUUGUGAAUGUUGCAUUAAAAGAAGUGCAAGAUACUGGUGAUCAGAGUGUGUUUUGAAGUACAGAGUCUCAGCUGGGUAUAUUUGUAACAAGUUUUAUGUAUUAAUACUGAGGAAUGGCCAUGUAGGUGUAAUAUUUGUGCAUUAACAUUUAGUUUGUGUGUGUAUGGAAGGAUUCUUACAGGUCUUAUCAAUAGCCAUUGAUUUAUUUUUAAAUAAAAUGAUUAAUUUCUGGUAAUCUGGGUCUUAAAGAACUGGAUUUAAGGAGUCCAUAUGGCAGGUUUGGAACUUUUUGUCUGUAUCUGUGUAUUUCAGUUGGUGUUUCGUCUAUAUCUGUGUAUCUCAGUUGGUGUUUGAACCAUAAACACAGAGCAGAAAUAUUGCAUAUCUUGAAGGAUUUUUUAUUCUACAUUUCCAAGUAAAAAGUAAGAAUUUAAAGGUAGUUUCUGAUUCCUUUAUUGUUGUUUAGUAGUGUAAUUAGAGUUCAUUUCUGCCGAGUGUGAUGACGUGGAAUGUCAGGCAAUGGCAUUGGAAGGGAACUUCACAACACACCAGUCUAUCAGAACACUUAAGACUGGUUUGGUUUGAUAAGGUAAAAUAUGAUGAUAAUUAUACAAAAUUUGGGUUCCCUGUGCUAAUGACUCCAACCAAUUCAUGCCUAUCAUAGAUGUAUGCUUCUCUUGAAAUAAAUAUUGCUACUCACUGAUGUGGAAAUUGUUGGUGGCCUUGUUGAUAUUUAUCAAAAUAUGAAAUUUCCACAUUGCUGUAACAUUUUUCCUCCAGAUUAUAUGUUAUUUAUAAUUUCCAUCAUCCAUUAUAUGCUGGGUAAUUAGAAGAUAAUCACUGGCGGUCAUAAAGGGUCAGGAAUGCACUGUUUGGCUUAGGUUUAUACCUACUCGAGGCAGUAAAUGUGCCCAUUUCUCAAUUUCACAUUAUACAGUAUAAAUAAAGUAUAGAUUAACUUAUAA